AGCGACUGGAAAUAAUACGCAAUUAAAAUUGAAAUCAAGCAAAAAAAUUGAAAUCUCUAAUACAAUUUCAUUUUAAGUGACAUAAACUAAAAUUAAAAGCUGGCGUGGCAAUUAAAUUAAACCACUGUGAUAUAAAAAUUGCCUCAAAAAUGAGAAACGCCUCCUUCAUUCGCCGCGUGCUGUCCAUCAGUCUCUCGAUCCUGAUGGUCCUCGUAUUUUUGCCACUUUUACUUGCAAUCUUGAUCCCGAUAUUUAUCUACAGGGAGAUAAUUUUUGCCGUGGUAAAAUUUUGGAAAUGGGACGAAUUUGACUCACCCGUGGCUCCCCUGGGUGCUCUGCAGGUGUCCGAAGACAUCUACCAAGGUCAGGGAAGGAUUCACUCGACCGCGUGCUUCCUAACGUUGCGAGGACCAGUGAAUAUUGCAAAAAUUCGACAAGCUUUUACAAAAUAUGCUGUAAACAGACGUGAUGCCAAAACUGGAAAAUUGGUGAAUCCUGAGCUACAACAGAAUGUAAAGUAUUGGAUGGGCUACCCGUUUUGGAGGCAUUUGCCAGGAUUUGACAUACGCGAUGUGGUUCACAUGUAUCAAAAUGAUGAAAACUUCACAUGUACGGAAGCCUUUGUCGAAGAACUGACCAAAAAGCUCAUGUUUACUCCAUUUCCUACCAAUAAACCACUCUGGGAAGCCAUUAUCUUGCCCCAUCUUGUCUCUGAAGAUGGAGAAAAAACGUCCAAAUUUGGAAUACUGAUCCGAUCUCAUCACGUUUUGUCAGAUGGGUUCAACAUGUUCAGAACUUUCCAAAAGAUGAGUGACAAGGGAGAAGAAUUUAACUUUAUAAAACCGAGAGAUUACUUUAACGGUUUAACCGUCAAGGGUCCCUCCAGGCUGGAGACGUUGGUAAAAUGGGUAAAAUUCGUGUCAAGAGUUCCCUCCGAGUUGGGCGAGGCUUUAGUCGAUCUCGCCCUCAAUGAGACAUGGGACAAUAUACACGAGCGUGGCAUUGGGUUAAAAAUGGAUCUCGACGGUUCCCAUCGUGCCGAGCGGGUGAUCACCAAGAGAGCCCAGAAGCUUCAGGAUGUCAGUGAUAUCACUAAAAUUAAAAAUACCCACGGCGUGUCUGGUACGGCUGUUCUCUAUUCGGCCAUCACGGGUGCGGUGAGAAACUCAAUUUUUCGACAGAGUUCGCAAAUUCCACACUCUACCUUCAUUGUAACACCGUUUCCGGUACCAAGUGCUGGGGAAAAAUUGGAAAACUCCUUUACUUUGGGUUAUCUUAACGUUGAGCUUGCAAAUCCUGACCCGGUCUCGAGGCUGCUAGGUGUGCAUGAAGAGUUGGAAAAAGUGAAGGCGUCCACGCUUCCGACUGUUGUCGCGGUGUGUAUGAAACUUUCCGGCUGUUUGCCCAGAUCUUUGGUGCAUUUUAUAUUCGAACGGUCAGCAAACAGUUCAACCAUCAUGGUCUCGAAUUUGGCCGGCCCCAAGGGAAAAAGUGACGUGGCAGGGCAUGAGCUCAUCUCGUACAAGAUGUCUCAGGGUGGACCGGCAAAUGCGACAGUGCUGGGAGUGUGCAUGUCAUCGAUUCAAGGGAAGCUUCAAAUUACGGUAUCCGCUGAUAUGCAGACCCUUCACAGCGAGGAAGUUGCGGAUGAAUUCCUUGACAGCUUUGCGCAAGAGUUGGAAUAUUUGAAGAAAGGAGGAAAGUUGGAGUGAACAUAUAAAUAUCGUCAUUGUUGAAUCAUUGUUUUUGAUUUGGAAAUACAUACAUAAAUCAUUUAAUAAAAUUUUGAAAAGUAUAAAUGUGUAGAUGGAUAAAAUGGAAUUUCUGAAAUUUGGUGGGUGUCAUGCAUAUACAAAAUACUAUCAUUAUUACUUUAUGUAUGUACAUGUUACAUAGAACGCCAGUCCUAAGUAAUAAAGCCGGUUUAAGACUAAUUAAAA